CUGGUGGAGGCGGACCCAGCGACAGGGAUCGCUGUGAUGAAACUCAAGAAUCCGCCUGUGAACAGCCUUAGCCUGGAGAUGCUGACGGAGUUGGUCAUCAACCUGGAGAAGCUGGAGAAUGACAAGGCAGUCCGCGGCCUCGUGCUCACCUCGGAGUACCCCGGCAUCUUUUCGGCCGGCCUGGAUCUGAUGGAGAUGUGCGGGCGCAACCCUGCCCACUACGCCGAAUACUGGAAGGCCUUGCAGGAGUUCUGGCUGAAGCUCUACCAGUCCAGCUUGGUGGUGGUGGCUGCCAUCAACGGAGCCAGCCCUGCGGGAGGCUGUCUCAUGUCCCUAAUCUGUGACUACCGCAUCCUGGCUGACAACCCCAAGUACACCAUUGGGCUCAAUGAGACUCUGCUGGGCAUUGUUGCCCCUUUCUGGUUCAAGGACACAAUGGUGAACACGAUUGGGCACCGCGCCUCUGAGCGUGCCCUGCAGCUGGGGUUACUCUUCCCACCUGCUGAGGCCCUCCAGGUGGGCCUAGUGGACCAGGUGGUGCCCGAGGACAAGCUGCAGAGCACUGCCCUGUCGGUCAUGGCCCAGUGGCUGGCCAUCCCAGACCAUGCUCGGCAGCUGACCAAGACAAUGAUGCGGAAGCCCACUGUGGACCACCUAGUGAAGCAGAGAGACGCUGAUAUCCAGAAUUUUGUCAGCUUCGUCUCCCGAGACUCCAUCCAGAAGUCUCUGCAGAUGUACUUACAGAAGCUCAGACAGAAGAAGAGCUGA